GCUUUCAUGAUAGUAAAAGUCGAUUUUUUUUUGCAGUCCAUAGGCGACUUAUCAACCUGGUCGAAACGCGAGUGAUACAAAAUUAAAACGAAUAAUGGCCUCCUUGUGCUCGAGAAUUCUAUUUCGUGCUCCACGACGACACUUAGCAUUAACUGCAAGUCGAUUUGCUGAUAAACCUUUGGCAGAUCCAGUAGAACAUGCGACAGGAAUAGAAAAACGUGAAAUAUUAGCUAAAAUAUCUGGUAACGAUGAUCCUUUCGACAUGAAAGUAAUAAAACGUGUGGAUGGCGGUAAAUCAAAUCCAACCUUAAUUCCUAGUGCAUUCGAUGCUCGUAUCGUAGGAUGUGUAUGUGAAGAAGAUGCAACAUCAGUGACAUGGAUGUGGUUACAUAAAGGUCAACCAAAACGAUGUGAAUGUGGCUACUGGUACAAAUUAGUUGAGAAAACACCAAUUUAAAGCGUAUACAAUAAAAUACGUUGUUUUAAACAAAUGAGAUGUGUUUUUGUAAAUUGUAAUUUUAAAACAAAUGCUAGUAUAUUUGAAAUGAUGUCAAUGAUAAUCCACCCCUUUAUCGUUACGUCAUAUUUAGUAAAUAAUUAUGAACUUGUUGU